GUCGUUUGAGAAUUCCGAGCCUCAACAAAAGAGACAAACAUUACCCACUUCUCGAGGGUUUGACUUUCAGGGUUUUUUUAUUACAAAAAAACAUUUCGCGACUAUAAUCAAAUAAAAUUAUAAGUGCAGAAGAUUAAUUCUCUUCCUUUAUACUAUUUUCUUUUUUAUCUUCGAGUAUGUGUGUGUGUGUCUUUUCUAUUCGCUCUUCUUUCUGAUCUAGAAUGCAUUAAAUAAUCUAAUCCCCCCCCCCUUAAAUUUAACGUCCAGAACCCAGGCCAGUCAACUCGAAUAAUUCCAGUUGCCGGUAGUGAACGGUCAGUUUCGCUUUUUUUUCGUUUUAAUUCAACAACAUAUACAAUAAGUUAAAUACAUACUGACAUACAAUAGUCAAAGUGAAACAAUAGAGUCGGAGUAGUAGAUAUGAAAAUGAAAGCACACCAGUCGAAUAGUGGCACCAGGGUGCUUCUAAACCUAACCCUUUUCAAGGUAAUGCCACUUUAAUUUUUCGUCUGUAAAGAAAAAAAAUCAUUGGAAUUUUCUGACAAGGAGAAAGAAAAACAAAAACGUGGCGGCGACAGUGUUAAGAAGCAGAAGAUUUAGGACCGGCACGAGUGUUAAACCCGCGUUUGCCAUUGGAACAUGGCUUCCAGCAGCUUUGACAGUGACAACAAUGUGCCGCAGUGGAAGCGGGAUCUCAUUCGACGCAGACAAGGCAAGGUGAUCACCAGCAACGGUGGUGGAGGUUCCGCAUCUUCCUCGAGGGAAACAACCUGUGGCGCUGCAGUCGUGACCGCUUCUUUCGAAAGUUCGCCAGUCGCGGGCAACAUGCGUCUCGAAGCGGAUGUCUCGCUUUGUUCCGACUCGGAGGACGUUCUCAAUUCAGCGCCCGCCGGACGAACACCGGAAAUUAAUCUUGAUAAAAGCAAAUCGGAAAAUUGUGACUUGUAUCGAGCGAGAAAAGUUGAGAGGAAGAGUGACAUUUUUCAAUUAAUGGAACUCUCGAAAACAACGCAACGACUUGACAUGACUCGCGAGAUAAAUAAAGUGUCGGAAGAGUGUGAAAGUGACAGUUCCGAGGAAUUACAGUACGGACCAGGAAUUGUCAACAAAUUGAAGAGCAAGUACCUCAAUCUAACACUGAGGGAGACGAAUAAAAAUCGAGGCUCAGUGCAAAGAUUCAGACGCGCGGCAAGUCUCGAGGACCUCCUCGAUUGCGAGGACGAUCCUCCAGAGAAGACAAUCAAAAGAUUCACCAAGAAAAAUGUUGUCACAAAGGCGGAACGUUACAGAAACUCUGCGAGGGGUAAUGACUCGAUGAAAAGAGCAAGGAGCGUGGAGACUCUCAUGAGGUACAAUUCAGCACCAGAGGAACCAACCUCAAACCGGUUUGGCUCCAUUUUUAAACAAGAACCCGUCAACGAUCAUAUUAUCCUUAUCGACAGAUCGUCCGUGAAGAUCGAGAGUCGCCUCGUUGAGGAGAGACCGAAGGCUGUCAACAAACCCCUGAGGAUCAAACCUGUCCUGGCGGAAACUGAGAGACCACCACCGGAUCUAGUCAAGACCACCAUGAGAAUCUUCGAGGGUUCCGCAAAGAAGCUCAAGCCAAAGGGCGAUGUCGCUGCUAAAGUCGCUACCUUCAAGACAAUUAACGACACCUACAAAGCAAAAAAUCAGAAGAAAAUUAUUCCCAAACCACCGCUUCAACCCAAACCCUUCCUCAAUGGCAACAACCGAACUUCCUCAUCGCCGAAGAAAAUUAUCCUCUCCCAAAAACUACCGACCGAAAAACAAGACCCACUUGACGAACAUCGAAAUGAGGGCGUCAUCACCGAACCCAUCAUACAAUCCGUAUCCUCAGUCGUCUCCAAAUUCCAGCAAAUCGAAAAAUCCCUCUCCCCCUCGCCAUCUCCUGAACCCUCAUUCAAAAUCAAAUUCUCACCCGUCCCGAGUCCUGAACCCUCGCUCAAUAAAUUAAAAUCCUCCCUCGAAAUCAAGUCUCCACCUUUAACUCCCAUUCUGUCCCCAAGAAUAACCUCACCAUCAUCGCCCAAAAAGGAUCUUAUCCGCCAAAAUUCCAGUCCAGUUCACAAACUACCCACCAGUCCUAGUCGAGAAUUCGUCAAACAAAUCUCCUCACCAGAUCCUCCGAAAUUUUGGCAUCAAAUGGAAAAGGAAAACGUCAAGCCCAUCGUCGAUACCAAGAAACCUCCCGGAGAAAGUGAACCAAACAUCGAUUACAAAGAACUAAAAGAACAUUGGAAAGAAGAUCAAAUAGAACUAAGAGAUAAUAAGAAAUUAGAAGAACCCGAACCAGUGGAACAAGAAAUCGAUCCUAAGACCCCCGAUGAAGAGAAAUUGGAAGAAUCCGAGUGCGUAGAUGGACCAAGGACGGUAUCAAGGUUGGCUCUAGAUAACAUAAGUAAAGCCGGAACAACCUUGCAGUUUAAUUUCAACAAUAAAAGUCUCACUGAUAAGAGUCAUUUACCAAAAUUAAACGGACAAACAGAAAAUAUUGAAUUUGAGAAUAAAACACUUUUAACGGCAAGUAGUGAUGAUCUAAUAAAUAGAGCGCGAAUUCAAGAGAGACUCAGUCCGGAAAAGAGUGAGAAAUCCCUGAUUGAAGAAGCGAAUAUGGAAAAUCGAGGUUCGGUGGGAGCAAUUUCAAGUUUGGGAUUAAUAAGAACAGUGACAAUGACAACUUAUCCACAAUGUAAUGAAUCAAAGACGAUAAGGUAUCAUAAAUCUGAGACAAUUUCACCGCCGCAAAAACAAAUUGGAAUCAUUCGACCUUUGGUCUCAACGAAAACACAAUUGCCACAGCAGAAUUUAAGUAAUAGGGAACUUGAAAAAAAUCUGAUAAAUCGAGUUAAAAGUAUAGAGCAACCGACAAAGGUUGUUGUUAGUUUAAAAAGUGCUGAGGAAAUACAGGCGAAAAAAGCAGAUUCUGGAGGUGGUCUUUGGGAUACGAAGCCUUGGAAUCAGCAAAAUAAUACAAUGGUGUUCAACUUCAGUGGCAGAAAGGAUGUUCCAGACUACAUUGAGAACGAUGGCAUGAAUAUCAAAAGGAAACGUGAUAAACCAAUAGUUACUGAGGGAGGAAUUAUAGUAUUAGAUGCCACUUUGGAUGCUUCGACAACUGAUGAAUCCGAUUGGGAAAUUUCUGGAGGUCCACCAUCUCCUUGUGAUGUGUCCUUCUUAAAUGACAACAUUCUCAUCAACGGUCGUAGUAAUUUAUCGAGACAGCCUCGAAAUCAUAAGCAUCGAAUUCAGUUUAAUGACGAGGCCACUAGGACCUUCGAAUAUCCAAGUGAAGUUUCAAUGCUUGAGCUUGAGGGCGAUGGGUCCAGUGUAGAUGGUGAAACUUCCGGUUCCGGUGAACAGUUUUCGAGCAACAACACUAGACCAUCAACUAGUUUACCUUCAUUACUAGGAGCAGGCGUGGGUGGAGUGGGAGGACUUGCAACCUAUACACCGAGCAAGGUUGAUUUAACUUCCGAAGGAUUUGAAUUAGGAGUGACUAGAGCGACUGUUUCAACACUUCCUUCGAUGGCUACGACGGUGCAACCCGAUAGUCUCACCGAAGAGGAUUAUCUGAAGCCAGCUCAAGAUGCUGGAGCCUGGGGCUCUGAAACAACUGCGGAUAUGUUAUUCUGACAAUUCCAAUCAGGCUCCUCUUUCAUGAACUAAAAAGGCAUUCUAAGGAUAUUGUUUGAGAGAAAAAAAAAAAAUAUUACUUCUGAAUAAAGAAGCCUUACUUCUUGCUCACUAAACUUCUUUAAGUUAAUGCCUUUAAAGCAUAUACAUAAAACGAAUGUCGAUAUAGUAACAUUUAGAGAGUCACAUCAUACAUAUUAAAGUAAAGAAAUUCCACAGGGAGGCGACAAAAUUCAUCGUGAAACAACGACUGGAAUGGGUUCUUUGGAAAAUUAACGGAAAAGCCAAUGAGAAAAAUUCUCACAAAUAAGAUUCCAUUUUUCUUUUUAAUUUAACUUUUCAUUCAAACGUAAAUUCGAAUUUACAGCGAAAACAAAAUUUAUCUGAUUCAAAUAACCGUUCAUUUGUCUGUAAUCAAAUAAAUAUUUACUCGAUUCCAAUGAUUUUUAUUUAAUUAAAAUUAAACAUAUUUGAACCAAUAAUUUUGGUAUUUGAAGCAAAUAGGUACAAUUUAAUUGACUCAAA